GAUGACGCCUGCCUGUAAUAGCAGAGAAGGCAGUUCCCUUACCAUGCAACCCAUUGAUACUAAACUCCACUCUUCACCCCCCUCCCCUUGCGUCUCACCUGCCCACACACUUCUCAUCUACUAUAUAAAGAGAGCUAUGAGCUACAGUUCUUAUAACCAGAAUUCAGACACAGGCAUCUAGGGAGAUAGAGAAGGGGAUAGCACACUGAGUAGAAGACUGCAAACACCGAGACGGAAGAGAAGGACAGAGCAAGGAGACAGGGGAUAUCUGGACUGAAUAUUCCUCAGCAUCCCGGAGACCCCACCAAAAAUGUACAGGUCUACGAAAGGCGCCUCAAAGGCUAGAAGGGACCAGAUUAAUGCAGAGAUUCGCAAUUUAAAAGAACUCCUUCCUAUCUCUGAAGGCGACAAAGUCCGACUGUCCUACCUUCACAUCAUGUCCCUUGCUUGCAUUUAUACAAGGAAAUCUGUUUUCUUUUCAAGAGGGCACCAGACAGAGGAAUUAGAAUGUCUUCUCUCCAACCAGGACCUGAUGGAUUUUGUCCAUAGUCUUCCUGGGUUUCUUCUGACAUUUACAAGUGAAGGAAAGCUGAUAUAUGUAUCAGAAAAUGUAGCUGAUCAUCUUGGACAUUCAAUGGUUGAUCUGGUGGCUCAAGGGGACAGCAUCUAUGACAUAAUUGACCCUUCAGAUCAUUUUGUCAUGAGGAACCAGCUAGCAAUGCCUUCAUCUCCAGAUAGUGAGCGAAUGUUCAGAUGCCGAUUCAACACUUCAAAGACAGCUAGAAGGCAAAGUGCAGGCAACAAGAUGGUUCUUAUCAGAGGAAGGUUUCAGCAACCACCGGCUGGUACCUACUGGUCAUCCAACCCAGUAUUUACAGCUUUCUGCAUUCCCCUUGAUCCCAAGCCCAGAGUGAUCCAGAGUCAUUUAUUCAUGGAUUUCUUUGAGAGUCAGCAUGCUAAGGACCUAUCCGUGCUGGAUGUGUCAGACAGUUCUUUACAGUAUUUGUGUUAUGAAAAAAGUGAUUUGAUCAGCAAGUCCUGGUACAAUCUGAUUCAUCCUGAAGAUCUUACUCAUCUCUCCAAACAGCAUCUCAAACUGAUGAAUGAAUCCUGUGAAGGCAGAUCAGAAAUUGUAAUACGUCUGCAAAGAAAAGAUCAACUAUGGGUUUGGAUUUAUUCCAUUCUGAUACUUGAGGCCAGUGAGGCGUCCAUCACUUCAUAUAACUAUAUAAUCAGCGAGGAAGAAGCCUGGUGCUUGAGGCAACAGCUGACUUCUGAGGAGACUCCAGUUCCUUUUACAGCAGGGGCAUCCUCCUAUCAAGAUACCCUCCUUUCACCAGGAGACCUUUCAAGUCCAGAUCAAGUCUUCACCCCCCUUGCAAACACACCAACAAGUGCAGGACAGUCAUUUGAUUUCUCAGAGCCCAUGGCUAUUGGUUCAGAAGAUCCAAUUCUUUGCCAGACCACUAUCCCUCUUGUAGAAGAUGUAGUGCCCCCUGAAGGCCAAUCAGAGAAUCAAUCCCUCUUCACACUCUUUCAACCAACUUCACAUGAGCAGACCUUCAGAAGAGAUCAGCUUGGAGCAGUAACACCCAAAGACUUCACCUGCACUCCACCUUAUACUCCACACCAAAACUGUUCUUUCCUUUUUGGGACUCUAGAAAACCCCCCUCAAACAACAUCUGAGCAAGAAACCACCAUCCUUAACCCAGAAAUGUAUUAUUCCUAUUGCAGCUCACUCUAUGAGAAGCUUCCUCCAACUCCAGACAGUCCAGGGGAUGGUGGUGACUGCACAGUAAUGAGGGUACCAGAAAUUCCAGGACCACUGUUUGUGGAUCUGCCAAUGCUUCCAGAGGGGUUAGUCACCCCUGAAACAUCCCCAAUUAACCAGGCUAUGUUCAAAUAUUCAGAGCAGGAGAAGAGUGAAAUAGACCUCCUAGUCAAGCAAAUUGGUUCUUUAGCCAAUGUCUUCAACGGUGUAGCCACAAAAGAACUUUCAUCCUCUGAUACAAUGCUACUGAGUGGCCAUGGACUGGCAUAUAGAAGUGUCUCACUACCUGCGUGUCUUCCUGAAAUAGAUACUACUACUUCUUUCCCACGGUCCUGGAAAAGCGUUGACCUCUCAAUAUUCUUAACAUGCCAGGACCCAUCACUUCCAAGUAGUGGCCACCCAGUCUGCAGUCUAUUCAAAGACUUACCUGACUCACCCCCUUUUGCAGAAACAGGGUCUCCCUGCAGUGCCCUAGAGGAGGAUGAAGUUGGAGGAGAUCUCUCUGCCUCCCCAUCCAUGACCUCGAAUGUGACGACUGAUCUGUCCCCAGAAGAAUGUAACUUCUUAGAGGAACUGAUGUCCUACAAAACAGACCUUGAGGCAGGUGCCUCAGAGAUUCAAUGUGACCGGUUUAAUGAUGAGUUGUAUCAACUCCAGAUUCAGUUGCAAGACGGCUUCCAACAAGAUGGAAGUGGAAAACCUUCGUUUUGAAAUAAGUCUGUGACUUACUUCGAUAUGUAUGGCAUAUUGUCAUAUCUUCAGCAGAUUUCUGCUACCUUACAAACAAUGAAAGAAAUACGGCACAAAACAUGGAGUGAAAAUGGCUUUCUGUGCCAUAAGCUCCCUUGUUUACCGUAGAACUGUCUUAUUUCAGUUUUCGCUUUCUUUUCUCUGCUCUUU